AUGAAGGUGAGUGACUUAAGGUGAUAUGAGAAAUGCUUCUCUUACAAUAUGUAAAGAAGUUGUCUGCUGGUAUUGCUGAGUUACUAGUUAAUACAUGUUUACUGUGAAAUUAUUUGGUACCUGAAUUGGCUCGUACCAGGCAUGGGGAGUGCUGGUCCCUGAGUUCAACACAUUGGGGCUGUGAUUACAGCUCUAACAAUUUAAAAUCCCGUAGAAAUUUAAUGGUCCUUCCAAAACUCUGUCAAAUUUUAAGAUAAAGUUGCAGCUCUAACCUGCUUCUUAAACUUUAACAGUUUGGUGGUCUCUGUUUUUUUUUCUUAAUUAUGUUAUGUUUUGUUUUGAUUGAAUAAAUUUAAAACGUGAAAAUUUAUCUGAAACGUGAAAACAUACAUCUUUCGUGAUUUUUAAGGCCUGUUCCGAACGACGUGCUACUGCCGUGCCGAAUUCAAAUGAAUUUGGCUCGGCAGUGGCACGACGAUAGCACGGCAGCGGUUUCAAACGUUGAACCUAAUGCAGUCGCGCCAAAUUCAAAAGACAAAGCAAACCAUCCAUCCAGCGGUGUCGCCCCAUCCAAAAUGGCAGAGGGAAACCUUAACGAAGAGCGGGAGAAGUUCGGUUUGUUUAAGACAAUAUUUAAUGCUAGAAGGCAACGCAGGUGAAUGCAACAGUCCAUAUUGAAUGUUGUUAUUGCAAGGAGAGGAUUACUUUUGAAAGUUUCUUCCUUUAUUCUUCUUCUGGUUUCCUUUAAUGAGAGCCAGCAAGUUACUGUAUUACGAUCGCGCCGGCGUUUCCAAAGGAACCUUGGCUGGUGGAACACAGUUUGGAACACCUAAUGAUUUAAAAAAACUUUACGUGUUUCAAGGGGAACGUUUCAGUUCAUUCUUAACAGAAUUAGAUAUGACUUAG